GUUGGUGUUGGUUUAUACAGUCAGACGUUAAGCGUGAAGAGGGCAGUUGAGGUGUGAACAAAGGUCUAUUGGGGACUGCAAAGUGAAGACAGUUUCCAACACAUCAGCAAUCUGAUAUAGCUGUGUUAAAAAAGCAAAUCUUGAGGAUCACCUGAAAUCACCCAUUGCCCCAGUGACAAGGUGCAAAAAUGCAUCUGGGUCAGCAAAACCCCGUUGUGGAUGGCCUAUCCUUAAAGGAGCUGGGGGACAGUGUGCUGGUGGAGAUAGAGCCUCGGAGGAAAGGACUGCCAUUUCUCAAGCAUGUGGAGUACCGUAUUGUUAGCAAGUGUUUCCAGAUCCCGGUUCAGCGUAGGUAUGCUGAUUUUGAGGUGUUCCAUAGUCUACUACUGCAAAAGUUCAUCUACAGGAUGGUCCCGCCUCUGCCCCCCAAACGCAUUCUUAAAGGCGUUUUGAACUCAAUAUCAGACCGAGAGUUUAAUGAUAGUCGCCGCCGUGGUCUACAAAGGUUCAUGACCUUGGUGAUUAGACAUCCAGUCUUAGCAGGAGAUGAGUUGGUCAGCAUCUUUCUGUCAGCAAGCAGCGCAGAUGUUCAAAACAUGCUGCGUGAUGCGUAUAAAAAGACAGGUGAUGAGUAUCUUACCUCCCAAAUGAACUUGCACGGCAAGGUGUACCUACCAGAGGACAUACAGAACCAUGCUGCCACUAAUCGAGAGGUCAUUGCAAAUAUCCACAGCAGUUUCAAUAAACUCAGAGAUGUAGCUGAGCGGAUGGCUCAGCGCUCGCGGGAAAACUCAUCCGAUCUGCUUAUGUUUGGUAAAGACCUGAGUGAACUGGGCUCAGACACAUCAGACCUGCCAGUGAAUGCCACAAUGAGCAAAGCAUGGAAAACACAGAGGAAGUCACUUGUAGAGCUGUCAGGAGAAUUUGGUCUUCUUGCCGACAAAGCUGCACACCAGGGCAGCAGAGAGGAGGAUGAGGUGGUGGAGAAACUCAAUCUUCUCCUUGAACAGCUGCAGUCAUAUAAAGACUUGUGUAAUCGUCAUGACAGCGGUGUGUUACUAGAGCAUCAGAGAGCAUUUGAAAAGCGCAGCGGGCCUGUGGCUACACACUUAAAGUACCAGAACAGCUUUGAGCAGCCAGAGUCUCGACUCACACAGCAGGAGAACACAAUUAUCACCAUGGAGAUGAGGAGAUAUUUCUCCCUUUUGUGUCUGCAUCAAGAAACCCAGCUGGUCUUCACCUAUCUGCCACUUGUGACUUCAAUACUGGGGACUUUUGUCCACUCACAAAUACAAGGGCAUAAAGAGAUGGGUGAUGUGUGGGGUGACCUUCAUCCAAAACUGAAGGAUCUGUUUGAAAGUGCUAAUGAAGCCUCCUCUCGCUCUUCUUCUCAAACUCACACCUCCAGAGGACAGAAGACUUGUGCCAUCAUUGGGCCUGCAAAACCAGGACAGCAAAUAUGAGGGAAAUUCACAGGCUUUUUUCAGUACCCAAUAACUCUGUGUAUUGCUUCAUGUCUUGUGUUUUCCUUCUCUUGACUGUACAGUACAUGCUUUAACACCUUUCUUCAUGACUUUUCCACAGUGGCCUCAAAACAUAUUUGAACAUAUUAAGCACAACUUAACAUUUCAUUAGAUGCAAAAUUAAAAACUGUAUGCUUAUAAAUGAUGCAACUAAUAGCAUUUUUGUUAACCAUUUUUGCACAUACUUUUAAUCGAGAUUAUUGUAGUUAACUAAAACAAAACAAAAACAUUUUCUUUGUCUGAAAUAAAAUCAAUUUUAACUGAAACAGAAUAAAAUAUAGAAAAAAUAAAUGUGGAAACCCUAACCUUAUUUUAUUUCAGUUACAACACUUCUCAAUUCCAUUUAGUUUUACUUGAUUUACUAAAAUAAUUAAUAAUAAUAAUAAUAAUAAUAAUAAAAACUAUAGACAUCUUUAAAAUGACAAAGCACACAACAUUACUAAAACUUAACAGAAAAAAUAUUUUUUUAAAAAUCACAAUAUUUAAAAAAUGUUAUUCAGAAUAUUAUUUAAAAAAAACGAUUAUAGUAUCUCAGUGAUAUACAGUAAUACAUUUUGCGGCCACUGAAUAUCAAGAAAAUAUAAUUAUUAAAAAAAAAUGUUGUAGACACCCUUUUGAGAGCAAUAUCUCUCUUUUUUCAUUUAAUUCUAAUUAAUUUUCCUAUUAUUUUAAUGUCUGAAGCAUAUGAUUACAUAUUUACAUAAAUAAUCUUCCAAA